AUGUUAGACGAAACACAUCUGGUAUCAACGAAUUUGUCAGCCUCAGACGUGCCUGAGGCUCAGCCAUCCCAAGCACCUCCCUCAACGAUCACUCCGCAACUUCAAAACGUGGUCGCAACCGCAAAUCUCGAGAUUCGCAUCGACCUUAACAUAGUCGCCCGUCAAGCACGCAACGCUGACUACAAACCGAAGCGGUUCACAGCAGUUGUGUUGCGGAUCCGCGAACCCAAGGCCACCGCGCUCAUUUUCGCGUCCGGCAAGAUGGUCAUCACUGGCGCAAGAAGCGAACUCGACGCCAGGCUUGCGGGCCGCAAGUUCGCCAGAAUCGUCGCGAAGUGCGGCUAUCACCCGAAGUUCCUCGACUUCAAGGUCCAGAACAUUGUCGGCAGUGCGGAUGUGGGCCACUGCAUUCGGUUGGAGGGCGUGGAAAGACACAUUCGCUUGGAAGAUGUGGACAAACCCGUCAACCAGAGAAGGGGCGCGGCUUACGAUCCGGACAUAUUCCCCGGGCUCGUCUUGCGCUGGAUGGAUCCGAGAGUGGUCUUCUUGGUGUUCGUUAGUGGUAGAGUCGUGAUUACGGGAGCGAAGACCCGUGAACAGCUCUACGAAGGAUUCAGGAAGGUGCUGCCGUACCUGAAGUAUUACGUGAUUGAAGGAUUGGCCCAGCCGGUAAGAAAGAAGAAGAAGAAGAAGAAGCAGCACAGCCAGGACUGA